AUGGUGGCGCCUGGCCCGUCUUCUCGUCCAUCACAGCCACUGCCUACUCAAGCCAUAGCACAGGUGCUGUCGCCAGCUCAUGUGCAGGGAGUUAACAUGAUGCAGGAGAUUAUCCUGAAAGUUUUGGCUCCGAGCCAAGAGCGUGAGCUGCACCGUCGACUCGCUUGGGAACAGGAGCAAGAGGCCAGGACCGCCCAGCGCCAGGCGGACCUCGAGAAGCAGCUAAUGGAGAUGAGGCAAGAGAUGUCGAUGAUGAGGGCCUACAUCGCAAGCAUGUCCCAGCAGCAGCCUCCGCCUCAGUGGCAUGUCGCCGUAGACCAGCCCGCUGUUCCUCUGCUAGAGUCUACCGCUCGCGUCGAAGAGAUGCCCCCGCCUUCGGGAGACCCACACUCCAUGCUCCAGUCGCCGUUGACGCCUGCGAGUCAAACUGUAUACAUUUCGCCUCCCCUGCCUGCGUUCGUCCAAGGCUCGUCCUCUCGCCCGAUGGCAAUGCCCUUCAGUCCGCCUAGCACUUCUCGUCACUCGCCGCGGUUUCUGCCGACCCCGGACACCGGUUUUCACUCCUGCACAGCCUCCCGCGUCGUCCGCGCGACGGAAAAGGCGCACGCCUCCACCGACUGGAAACCAGGAUAG